AUGACUGACAGGCAACAGAAGCCAAUCAUCGUGAAGCUCAAACUGAAUUGCACUAUAGCCCCGCCCCUAGUGUGCACCUCCAUAGAGAUUCGGGGUGAGGGGUAUCGACAUGGUGUCGGGCUCUGUGCGGGAUCCCGGCUGAAAGCCAACCUAAACCUUACCGGAAACCAUGAAGAGACUGCGGGGAAGCCAAGAGAAACCCGCAAUGGGGAUGAAGCGCGGGCAGCCCAGUCAUUCCGCAGGAGAACAGCGGGACCGGAGGACCGGGCAGGCGGCAAGGAACAGGACACCGUUCCUCCUCCGGCUCCGCUGAUCUUUAGGAAGCUGAGCAAUCCAGACCUGUUCUCCUCUACAGGAAAGGUUAAAUUGCAUCGGCAACUGAGCCAGGAUGACUGCAAGCUUCGGAGAGGAAGUUUAGCGAGCUCGCUUACAGGUAAGCAGCUGCUCCCCCUUUCUAACAGCGUGCACAGCGGGGUCAGUCAGCUAACAUGGCAGCCCCCUGCGGAGUCUUCCAACUUGGUCCGAAUGCGAAACCAGUGUCUUGGCCAGUCCGCGCCGUCUCUCACCGCAAGCUUCAUUCGCAGACGGCGCAGAAAGCGCAAUGAGAUGUUUCUCAGCGCAAGGCCAAGAAUAACGAAGACGGACAGGAUUGUCAUGAUGGUGAAGAGAAGGUCCAUCUCAUUAGAAGCCAUCUCCUUCAGAACUUCAGCAGGUUUUUCACCUAAAUAGAGGGAGACGAUUUUGUUACCAAAUAUCAAGACUUUAGAAGGUCUGUUAGUUAAUAAAUCAGCAUAUUAUACAGCGCUGUGGAAUAUGGUGGAAGAAAUUACAAAUGGACCAACGGUCAACUGCAGCACCGGCUGCUCUCAGGAUUUGGGCCAGAACCUUUUCAUGUUCUACUGUAUUAUUUCUCCGGAUCUUUAUAAUGUCCCCACUAGCCAGGUGCCCUUUGGUUUCAUCCAUAUGGCGAUCCUACGCUGCCCUGAAUUACCUUUUAUUUGCCGGUUCUCCUAUGGCCAAUAGUCCGAUAGCCCAAAUCAGGAGCCACACCAAGAAAAGUCGCAUACACAACCAGCUCAGAACUGCCCUGUGUACAAAAUGAACGCUUGGCUUUGCAUUCCUUAUGAUACGUGCCGUCUAUUGUGACCGCAGCUAUGAUGUCAUCAAUACUUUGGAACCAAGACUGAAGGACUGCAAUCUGACAUGUUAUUUACUGCAUUUUAACCUUGAUUCAAAUGUAAUUCCUAAGUGCAUGAAAAACAAAGACCAGUAGCCCACACUUUUCACUACUUUGCAUCUGAUUCAUGUUCAUAAUUCACUGCUUUUUCACAAUCAUGAUAUCUAAAACAAAUGCAAUCAUUUACAUUUAAAAUUGACGAUGGGACAGAUCUUUGUAUAAAUGUUUGUACCAAAACCUUUCACAAAAUAAACAUUUCAAAAUAGAAUAAGUACUAAAUAAAAUACGUUUGAAAAUAAAUCUUUACUGAAUAA